UUGACCUCGUCUUCACCUGCUGCAGAUGGUCAGAUCAGAUUGGCUGGCUCUGGGUCCAAUCGCUGCUCUGGAAGAGUUGAGAUCUACCACAGUGGUACCUGGGGAACAGUGUGUGAUGAUGGAUGGGAUCUACAGGAUGCUCAGGUCGUGUGCAGCCAGUUGGACUGUGGUUUGGCAGUGAGGGUCCCUCAGACAGCCCACUAUGGUGAGGGGACCGGACCAAUCUGGCUGGAUGAUGUCAGCUGUUCAGGAAGUGAAAGGUCCAUCACUGAGUGUACCCAUCCAGGAUUUGGUACUCAUGACUGUGGACACUCUGAGGACGCUGGUGUGGUCUGUUCAGAGAGACUCCCAAAGCCCAGCAUCUCCAUGUAUCCUGCUGCUGAGGUCCCCUGGGGUCAGAGCGUCAGCAUCACCUGUUCUGCAUCAACUUUACCUCAACAGCUGAUUUCUAAGACUUCGUUCAUCCUGGAAAAGACUUCCAGUUCCUUCAGAGAGUCCAGAACUCCAGGUAGCAGCUCUGCUUCUUUCAGCCUCCAGGAAGUGAACCUGGACCAUGAGGGACCGUACCGGUGUCAGUAUCAGAUACGAGUCUCAGGACGAGACUUCAGCUCUGCCUUCAGCGACUCCGUCAGACUCUCGGUUGCUGUCCCAAAGCAGAAGCCCAACCUCUCAAUGAUGUCCUCCAGCGGGGGGGCACUCGGGGGCUCUGAUGGCCCUGAGGUCCCCUGGGGUCAGAGCGUCAGCAUCACCUGUUCUGCAUCAACUUUACCUCAACAGCUGGUUUCUAAGACUUCGUUCAUCCUGGAAAAGACUUCCAGUUCCUUCAGAGAGUCCAGAACUCCAGGUAGCAGCUCUGCUUCUUUCAGCCUCCAGGAAGUGAACCUGGACCAUGAGGGACCGUACCGGUGUCAGUAUCAGAUACGAGUCUCAGGACGAGACUUCAGCUCUGCCUUCAGCGACUCCGUCAGACUCUCGGUUGCUGUGCCGCUGCAGCAACCCACCCUCUUCCUGGCGUCUCCCAGCGGGGGGUUGUUCUGGAGCCCUGAAGGUGCAGAGCUCACCAGAGGUCACAGCCUCCUCCUCACCUGCUCCAUUGCUCCUCAGUACCCUGGAGGUUUCUUCUCCCUCCUCUUCUCCGGGUCCAGCCUCAACGUCAGCAGGCCAGCAGUGAACCGCUCGGCCUCCUUCAGCUUCCCUGCAGUCGGAUCUGAGCAGCAGGGGAACUACAGCUGUGUGUACGAGGUCACCCUGUCCUCCAGGACCUUCACCUCCACACAGGAAGCCCCCAUCUCUCUCAUUGUCAUAUUUCCUGUGAUGGUGCUGGUCUCCUCCGUCUGUGGAGGGGGUCUCCUGCUGGUCCUGCUGGUGCUGGGGGGGGUCUUCUUCUUCCUGGUUCGCAGAAGGGGACCCGGAGAUCUCAACCAAACUCAAAUGUCUGUCAGAGCCAUGAACAUAUACAAAAGGGAGGAAGAGGAGGAAGAGGAGAACAUCUAUGUGAACUUUGAUGGUGGGGACACCGAGAAGAAACAGCAAUCAAGACGAGGAGAGGAAGAGGACAUCUCCGAGCAGCCGGAGAGCUGCGCAAGCUUCAGAGAGGGAAACGAGGAGGAAGGAGAACCCAGUGACGAUGAAGAUGACUAUGUUAAUGCGACCCCCGGUAUCGUCAGUGGAGACCAUGAGGAUGUGUAUCAGAACUUCUGA